CCUAGUUAAGCGCUAAAAUGGCUUGUUUGUUUUGUCAGGGCAACUGUUGUUUGUGCCUCUCACAAAACACCUGUCUCUAGAAGCCUUCCAAACUCCCUUCCACAAAGACCUGGGUAAUUGAUGAGCUUGGGGAACUUCCAACAAAUUCCCAUUGCUCUGUCAUCGUAAUGAAGUCAUUGUAAUGAAGUCAUCGCCUAACAAGUGUGAAAAACAACCAUCCAAGCGUUUGAAAUAUCAAACCAGAAACCAAGGUUUCUAGCUUCGCCUACAGGUGGCACAGCAGUCUCGGCUACUAGAAGACUGUUAGUCCCUACUUUUUCCAGCUGCUGGCGCGUUCCAAUGAGCAUGAACUCAGUCUUGUCCUCGUUGAUCUUGAGCUUGUCCGCGACCAUCCACGACCUCACCGCCCUGAUGCAUCGCUCCAUGGCACACCUGGCCUCUGUCUCACCGACAGAGCUGUCAGCUUUGAAUGAGAGGUACAGCUGGGUGUCGUCAGCGUAUGCAUGUGCGUGAGGCAGAUGGGAUUUGAUGACCUCAAACAACUUGAUUGCAUAAAUGGAGAAGAGGAGAGGACCGAGGCAGGAUCCUUGAGGAAUAGAACCACGUUUUUAGUUUGUCCGAAAAUGAGCUUAAGGUAUCCGGUGCUACUGGCUGUACUUAUAUCACUAGCCAGAGGGCUGGCCUUAGAAUCGGACAACUCUAACACUAUACAGCGCGACGACUACUUCAAACAAGGAAUCUUCCACAAGAUGAAGAAAGGAGGCGUACUGAUUAACGCUACCAUCGCAACAGUCCUUGUGUCAUCACCGAUAGACUGCACAUUUGAAUGCAUAGAGACUGACAGCUGUCAAUCAUUUAACUUUCAAGAAGAAGAAAAAGAGACGGAAUUACAUCAGUGUGAGCUACUGAACAAAACAGCCAAAUCGACAGUAUCGGGAGACUUCCUGUGUAAACCCGGCUUUGCUUUUUAUGGGACUGGUGACAAGGUGGCUUCUAUCUGCGAAAGGUCUCCCUGUGGUGGAGACGACAUCUGCCUACCGUUGGCCAAUACGUGCCUUAAUUACACCUGCGUAGAAUGGGCUGAGUUUAACUCGUCGUUGUUCAAGUACAAUUCCACGCCAUCGACCUGGCUUGAAGCCAAGACCGCCUGUAAUUCACACGGAGGUCACCUGGUGUCUAUUGCGAGCGAGCAAGAGAAUAACUUUCUGUACGAAAAAAUACUCAAGUUUCGCUGCGCAGACUGUUUCUCUCCAGAUCGACUAACAGCAAAGUGGGAACUCGAUGGGACAGACAGUGGUAUCACUACGUACGGUAAUGCAAGAUACCAGGUAGUAGAUGGCAAGACGGCCUUGUACCUGGACGGAACAAGUGGUUCUUAUGCCACAAUUCCAGACGUCGAUUUUCGGAAGACCAGAUUCACCAUCAGCCUGUGGAUGAGGCCGAUGACACCCAUGCCAACUUGCGCCCAUUUUCUUGCUGAUUGGUCGAAUCCCUUUCAGUUCCGUUUCACACUUCAUGAAAAUGGGAAUAUAGGUCUGCAAAUUCGAAACACAGCUGGACAAGAUAUGCUUUACAUGUCUUCAAACCGUGGUCUGAAUUUAAACACUUGGAACCACGUAAUCAUAACUUGGAAGAGAGAAGAAAAAAUGAUGAAAAUCUUCAUUAAUGGAACUGAGGCCGGCAGCCAAGCUAGCACCCUGUCAAACGUGGACUUCAUGUAUAACACCCACUCCGUGUACGACAUAGGCCUGAAGAGAGAUUCUAUGAACUGUUAUAUGCACGCUCAUGUGGCUAGCUUGAUGAUCAUCCAUCGGUUUUUCCUUACCAACGAAACGACGUGGCUUUUUCACUCGGGUGCAGACUACAAGAAAAUCCACGGGGCUUGGAUCGGUCUAAAUGACAGAGAAGUCGAGGGUACGAUGGUAUGGAGUGACGGUACACCGCUGACUUACAGCGUGCUCGACAAUAACGAUAAUUCUUAUCACCAUGGUUGCACAACCCUAGGAAGCCAGGGGGGUUCAAUGAAUUGGCUGCUAAAUCAUUGCAUGAUAAAGAUGCCUUUUAUUUGCGAGAAGCCCAUGAAUUGAAAGCCAAAAAAAAAAAUGCUGUCCAGUUACGAAAGGAAUUAUCAUAAUUUUCUAUGAAAACAUCGGCAUUAUGUCAAACUCUGAACUACACCAACUUAAAACACAUGCCUAUUUCAUGGUAUGGACAGGCUUAAAGCAUCAUGGUGAAUCUGCCCACGGGCUUAAGGAUAGUGUGAGCGAAGGCUACUUCGGUCCCGACGACAAUCCUUUGUAUAACGAGCCCUUGUUGUGUGCCUCACUAUCCAACGGCCCGUGGCUUCACGAAGGGCGGGGUGGGGGGGGGGGGGGGGAGCACACUAAACUAUGGUAACCAAAAGGUAGAUUGGCGUGACACUAAAAGUAAGAUACAAGGGCAUACAACGUGUCCCCGUUCCCACAGACGUUAAAAUAGGAUAUUUCGUCGUUUGAAUAUGUUCUGAUGCCGAAAAUAUAAAUUUUAAAAGUUGCUGCUGGGAAAAAAAUAAUCUGUUCCUUUUUCCCAGGUGGGACCAUUUCUUUUUUAUCAGCUAGCAUUGGAAAGGAUUUUUUCCCUGUUUGCAGUGGUUAGGUAUUUUAGCACACGAAUUAUUGUCCGUAUAACCGAUCGCGGGAAGGGUUUGUUCCCAAGCAUCCGCUCUAGUGCCCCCAAAAAUAUUCAGCACAACUCGUUCGACUUCCCAAUUUGCCAGCAGAACCAUUUGGGACGUCUAAAAUCUGCCCAGCCAGCAAAUAACGGGCUGCGGAAAAGAUCCGUUUUGUUCCCUUGUAAGAUCACAGGUAGCCCAGGCAAUGGUUGCUUGUUCGUAGCUCGGAAUUCGGCUGUCCUGAGAGGGGACGAGUAAAGCGUUUUUUUUUUUAAAUGUUGUCAAUAAAAUUGCCUUAACACUUAGAACAUGCCUUAAUUUUAUUGACAACAUUUCACAAAAAAAACGCUUUACUCGUCCCCUCUCAGAACAGCCGAAUUCCGAGCUACGAACAAGCAACCAUUGGUAAGAUUUAACUUAGUUUUCUCUUUAUUGAUAUAAGAUAUUAUCCUUAUAAUUGCUACGAUAUCUUAACGAGAAAACGAGAAAACGAGCACAAUGCACAAAGUAUAGGACAUGUGAUUUUGCACAUAAUUUACAAUCUUAUACACAAAAUGUGCGUAAGCCAAUAAAAAUUCAACGCUGCCUCCA